AUGGCGCCUGAGGCCUCGAGAACAACGGCGGAGGAUGACGAUGCCUUUCCCUAUAGACAGCUGGCCGUUCUAGCCAUCUGCCGGCUGGCUGAGCCCAUCGCUUUCACUUCCAUUACCGCAUACACGUUUGUAAUGGUACAGGACAUAAAAGGCGAUGAGGAUGCAUCAUUUUAUGCCGGUCUGCUCAUUUCCGCCUUCGCCAUGGCCGAAGCGUCUACCGCCAUGAUCUGGGGCAGCAUCUCAGAUCGCUACGGCAGGAAACCCAUCAUUCUUGUCGCUCUUGCGGGAACCGCUCUUUCCAGCUUGAUCUUUGGAUUCGCAAAGAAGUAUUGGGUUGCGUUACUGGCUAGGGUAAUUGGCGGUGCUCUUAACGGGAAUGUCGCUGUCAUGCAGACUAUGGUCGCCGAAAUGAUCAAGAAUCCCGAUCAUGAACCCGCCGCAUACUCUGUCCAGCCAUUCAUGUGGAGUUUGGGAUCGAUCGUCGGAUCGGCUUUAGGAGGUUUCACCGCCCAGCCCGCCAAAUUUUAUCCUCACGUAUUCGACCCGAAUGGCAUCUUUGGCGAAUAUCCCUACCUCCUGCCCAACAUUGUCUCCGUGGUUGCCAUUGUAAUUGCCAUGAUUCAGGGCUGGAUACUUCUAGAGGAGACCAACCCGGCUGCGAAGUCCCUGUGGCCUGCAUCGAUGUCAAGGACGAGUGACAGCCACAUCGUCGACGAGAGAACGCCGCUCGCUCAACGCAGAGACCGACGAGAAUCAAACCUCACAGCAUUCUCCGUGGGCGGGGGUAGCAUCGCGUACGCAGUCAGCUCUGCACCCUUGCCAAAUGACCCGUCCUUCGACCUCAGACGACGCUCAAUUGCGUCCAUCACGUCCUUCAAACCAUUACAUCACACCAUGACGCCAACGGUCGAUGUUGUCAUUGAGGACGACGAAUUCCAGGCUCCUAAAUCCGACUCAAUCAAGGCUUUCAACAAGGGCGUCAUCUUCUGGACUGUUGCCCUUGUCCUCAUGUGUUACCACCAGAUGGCGUUCUAUGCGCUGUUCCCAAUCUAUCUCCUAGACGAUCCACGACAACCACCCCAGCACCUCGACUUGGUGGGAGGCCUAGGGCUAACGCUUCCGACUGUCGGCGUGUUUCUGGCAGCCAAUAGUGUCCUUUCGCUAUUCGUCCAGGGUGUCAUCUUUCCGAUCUACGUUUCCAAAUUCGGCGUCUGGAAGGCCGCACUGUCUCUCACUAUCGUCGCUCCGAUAGCGCACCUUUUGGUCCCUUUUGUUACGAUGCUGCCGAAUCCAGGAAUCGGGAUGUGCGUGUUACUUGCGCUGCAGAGCUGCACCGCCAUCAUCAUAUAUCCGAGUCUGUUAAUUCUGUUGAAGAACGCGACUGAGUCGCCCCUCGUGCUGGGCAGGGUCAACGGACUGGCCAUGUCAGCCUGUUCAGCAGCCAGAACCGUAGCGCCGCCCCUCGUGGGCAUAUUUUACAGCGGUCUAGGCUCGGCUGGAGCGUGGUGGAGUUCUGCGGUAAUAGCGAUUGCGGCUAUCAUCGAGCUUUUCUUCGCUCCACGACCCAAAGAGGAUGACGCUACGAUCAUGCGUCGAGCUUCCAUGGCUGUGGAAGUUGCACCUACCAUCAAUGGUGCGAGUGAUUGA